UUACAGCCGCAUCUUGUCAGUCAUAGACGUCGACCAAUGGAAGGGCGCGAGUAGGCCACCCUGAUUGGACGCCGGCGCGGAGAGCGGGUUCGGGUCUCGCCCCCUGCCGUCUGAGCUGCUCACCUGCGACUGACUGACAGCCUGGAUCCUCCUGUGCAGCGAGUCCGAACCCCCAGCCCCGACAUGGCAGAGCAACCGCUCGCAGAGAUGGUGGAGAUCGCAGUGCGGCAAUUUGCAUCAGACCCCGACGGUAGCCAGCAAAGCUCCCACACAGAUGAUCGGGACGGUUCCAGUCCCAGUGGGAAACGCCGCAGAGUGGAGGUGUCACAAGUAGAGACCGAGGAAGGAGAGGAUAGCAUUCAGGCCCUCCUCUACUCUGCCAGCAAGACCCUCUGCCUGCGCCUGGAUGCCAUUGAGGCUGACCUCAACUCCAUGGAGGACAAAUGCAAGUGCCUGAGGGCGAAGGUCGACCUGCUGGCCAAUCAGAAUGUGCUGCGGCCGCCACUGGCCGAGCCACAGAGGCCGGAGGGGCAGCAGCCAGUUGGCGGCAGCUCAGCCACCGUGCCACAAGAGGCGCCAGGCAAGGCCCGGCAGUCAGAGGAGGAGUUUGAGGGCAACAGAGAGGCGGCAGGGGCGGGGGAGGGUGGGAGGUCAGAGGGGGUGAUCCCGGGCGUGCGGAUCGUGGCGCUGUGCGCGGACGGCCGGGAAGGCGGGGAGGAGCAGACAGACGGCUCCGUGGCCCUGCUGCCGGACGCCACCAACCUGCUGUACCAGCUCAUGUACUGACCGCACGCCUUCCCUCCUCUUCCACCCCCGGCGUGAGGCCGCAGGACAACCCCCCCUCACCCACACACUCAGCCGGGCGCAUGUCUCUGAGCGUAGGCACACUCUGAUCCCAGGCCUGGUGUUUCCACCCUCCCCGAGACCACCACCGCGUUCUGGGCCUCUUCCCUCUUCUCCUCGACACACUGCUGGACCCUCCUCUCCCUCCUGCUUCGAUACCCCCUCCUCUGACAUUGAGCGGCUGGCCCAGGUAAAGCAGAGUGCCUGAGAAAUUGGAGAGAGCUGUUACGCUGUACCCCCUCCCCAAUCCAAGAACGAGACCUGAAAUUGAGGGUCUAUUUCUGUGCGAGGGGAUAAUUCACCCUCCCACAUUCCUGCCUUCCCAUUUGACCCCAUUUGCUACCUCAGUGCCACCUUCCCUCUCUCCCUCCAUUCCCCUAACAUCCAGAGGGCGGAAGAGAAUUCCUGACCUUCACUCCUCUCUGGGGGAAGGAGUUUCUCCCCCACCUCUGUCCCGAGUAGCCCCUUCAUUCUGUGGAUCUGGGCACUGCCAAGGAGAUCACCCUUCCUAUCAAACUCCAAAGAUUUUGUUAUGUCUAAUGAUUAUUCCUCAUGAGCCUUUGCUACGCUCCUUACAAGUCCACGCCCCGCCGAGUCGGAGGACCGUAGUGCCCCCCCCACCCCGCUGUCGGAAGACCGUACUGCCUCCCCCGCUGUCAGAAGACCGUAGCACCCUCCCCCCCGCUAAGUCGGAGGACUGUAACGCCCCCCCCCGCUAAGUCGGAGGACUGUAACGCCCCCCCCCGCUGAGUCGGAAGACCGUAGCGCCCCCCCGCUGAGUCGGAGGACCGUAGUACCCCCCCGCUGAGUCAGAAGACCGUAGCGCCCCCUCGCUGAGUCAGAAGACCGUAGCGCCCCUCCCCCGUUGAGUCAGAAGACCGUAGCGCCCCUCCCCCGUUGAGUCGGAGGACCGUAGCGCCCCCCCCGCUGAGUCGGAGGACCAGACCAGUACACAAUAUUCCACGGACAGUCUCACUGGUGCCCUGUAUUUUUGGAGUAAGAGGUCCUAACUCCUGCACUCCCUCCGCCACGUCUAUGCUUCUCUGGGUAUGUGAUAUUCCAGGUGCGGUCUCACCAGGACACUGUCCAAGUGGAGUGAAACGUCUCUUAAAUCUCUUUCAAUAAAGCUGAUGCACCUACCUUCUUAACAGCUUGUUGCACCUGCACGUUACCCUCCUGGCAUUGGGGAGGUGAGGCUGUUGCCACCGUGUUUGCUCUCCUUACAGGCCCAAGGUUUGUCCAAGUGAGGUAAUAUUGAAUUCACUCCUGGUCGCCUCAUUAUAGGAAGGAUGCAGAAGCUGUAGAGAAGGUGCAGAAGAGAUUUACUGGGACUAGAGAGUAUGUCAUAUGCAGAAAGGUUGGGCUCUUCCUCUUCGGAAUGAAGGUGGGUGAGAGGUUUGUAAGAUUAUGAGAAGCACAGACACGGUGGGUAUCCGGUAGUUUUUAACCCUGGUGCCAAUGGCGAACGCUGUUAGGGUGAGUGGAGCAAACUUUAGGGGAGAUGUCAGAGGUAGGCUUUUUACACACAGUGUGCUGGCUGUGUGGAGUGCACUGUCGGGGUGCUGGUUUGGGCACAUACGUUGGGGACAUUUAAGAAACUUUUAGAUAGGCUCAAGAGUGAAAGGAAGAUGGAGAGUGGUGGGCUGUGUGGCAGGGAAAGAAUAGGUCAGCACAGCAUUGUGGGCCGAAGGGCCUGUUCUGUGCUGCUCUGUGUAACCUGGUACCAUCUCUGGGCCCAAGUUGUUUGAGACACAAGCCUGCACUGAUCCACAAUAAAGUAAUGCCAUGAUUUUGGUUCAGGCAUUCUGCGGCCGCCCUCCAGAGACUAUGACACACCCGAAUACUUCUGAGUGUUGCCUCAUUGCAGAGCAGGAGGGAAGCGGGAAACUACUCGUGCUGGAAAUUUGAGCGAAAACACUGAGCUGGUCAGGCAGUGGGACAGAGAAACAGAGCCAAUGUUUCUGGAAGUGUGAAACGGAACACGUCCCCUGUUGUAGAGAAGGGGAAGGGUCAGAAAGAACUGAGGGGUGUUGAUGGCGUGGUGGAGACGGCAUGACCUGGGGAGGAGGCUUGUUCACUGCAGCUGCUCUGAAGGAGAUGGAAAUGCUGGGAAAGUGGAAGAAACAGCUGAAAGUGUGCGAUACAAUCUCCAGUAUCGAGCACAGGAGAUGGGAUGUUAUGCUGAAGUUGUUAUACAUUGGAGAGUCUGAACUUGGAGUGUUGUGGACACGUUUGGUCACCUAGCUACAGGAAAGAUGUAAAUAAGGUUGAAAAAGUACAAGGAUGUUGCCGGAUUUAUCAGGAAAGAUUAGGACUUUCUUCCUUGGAAUGUAGAAGAUUGAGAGGGGGUUUGAUAAAGGUAUACAAAAUUAUGAGGGGUGUAGAUGGGGUAACUGCAAGCAGGCUUUUUCCAUUGAGGUUGGACAGGGCUACAACCAGAGGUCAUGGGUUAGGGUGAAAGACGAAACGUUUAAGGGGAAUAUGAGGGAAAACUUCUUCACUCAGAGUGUGGAACGAGCUGCUAUCGCAAGUGCUGCAAGCAAGCUCAAUUUCAACAUUUAAGAGAAGUUUGGACAGGUACAUGGAGGGUUGUGGUCCCGGUGGAGGUCAAUGGAAGUAGGCAGCUUAAAUGGUUCGGUAUGGACUAGAUGGGCUGAAGGGCCUGUUUCUGAGCUCUACUUUUCGAUGUCUCUAAGCUGGUCCAUUAGCAUAGAGGUUAGCGUAAUGCCAGUGACUCUGGUUCAGUUUCCGUGGCAACAUUCUCCCUGUGAGGGUUUCCCCCGGGUGCUCCACAUUCAAAAGUUGGAUGGGUUAUUAGGUUAAGUGGGAGUAAUUGGGCAUUGUCGACUCAUUGGGCUGGGAGGGCCUGUUACCCUGCUGUAUCUCUAAAUGACAAUUUAAACAACCAGUAAAGCCAGACACUGCACAUUCUGGAAAUCUGAAAUAAAAUCCACUCUUGACAAAAGUGCCCGUGGAGAGAAAAUCGGAGAUAGCGGAUUGAGUUGAUGAGCUGCCGUCAGAGGUAGGAAAAUGUCGAAAGUAAAUGAAGCACACGAUUCAUUCAGGGUAAACGACAGGUCCGUAACAAGGUGGGGGACACCACGAGAGACUGAAUGGUGCAAGUGGGUGGUGGUGUCUUCUGGCAGAAGGUGGGGGACAUUGCAGGCAAUCUAUCUGAAGAAGGCAAAAAUAUAGGAUUCCAAGCUUUCGAUUUGCCUCCUGUGGUUUCUGCUUAUCUGCUAACCUC